AUGGGAGAUGAGACAAGAACCUCAGGACAUGAGGAGCUGGCGCCGGGCGCUGGGCCAGACCCUGCGGUCUGUGGCCGCAGAGAGAUGCAGGAGGAGACAGUUCUGGACCUCCCGGGUGCGUGUGGAAACGACUGCGUGGAAGGACGCACCCUGCUCGGGAGCGACGAGAAGCCUCAGGAGGCAUCCGCAGCAUCCGGCCGUUGGCAGACCCUGAGGGCAGCGCUGGCCUGGCCCCCGCAUGGCCUGCUGAGCAGACUGGUGACCAAUGCGGCCAUGGCUCUGCUGCUGUGGGCUGUGGUUUGGUCCAUCACGGACCGUGAGUGUCUCCCGGGCGGAAACCUGUUCGGGAUCCUGAUGGUUCUCUAUGGCGCCGUUGCUGGGGGGCAGCUUCUGCGGCUCGUGCGCUUGCCCACGCUGCCCCCGCUGCCUGCUCUGCUGGGCAUGCUGCUGGCUGGCUUCCUGCUCAGGAACAUCCCUGUGCUGAGUGACAACAUCCGCGUGGUGCCCAGGUGGUCCUCGGCACUCCGAAGCGUGGCCCUGGCCGUCAUCCUGGUCCGCGCGGGCCUCGGGCUGGACUCCAAGGCCCUGCGGAAGCUGAAGGGCGUCUGCGUGAGACUGUCCAUGGGCCCCUGCCUGGUGGAGGCCUGCACGUCCGCGCUGCUCGCCCACUUCCUGCUGGCUCUGCCGUGGCCAUGGGCCUUCCUGCUGGGCUUUGUCCUAGGUGCCGUGUCUCCAGCCGUCGUGGUUCCCUCCAUGCUCCUCUUGCAGGGAGAGGGCUAUGGGGUCGAAAAAGGUGUCCCCACCUUGCUCAUGGCUGCCGGCAGCUUUGACGACAUCCUGGCCAUCACGGGCUUCAACACCUGCCUGGGCAUGGCCUUUUCCACAGGCUCCACGAUGCUCAGCGUGCUCCGAGGCGCCCUGGAGAUAGUCCUCGGCCUGGCAAUUGGCUCCCUCUUGGGGCUUUUCAUCCAGUACUUCCCAAGCCGCGACCAGGGCCGACUGGCAUGGAAGCGUGCCUCCCUAGCGCUGGGACUGUCUGUGUUCGCCAUAUUCAGCAGCGUGCGUUUCGGCUUUCCCGGCUCCGGGGGCCUCUGCACCCUCGUCCUGGCUUUCCUUGCAGGCAGAGGGUGGGCCGACCAAAAGGCAGAGGUUGAGAAAAUCAUAGGAGUUGCCUGGGAAGUCUUUCAACCACUUCUCUUUGGACUGAUCGGAUCGGAAGUCUCCAUUGCAUCUCUCAGACCAGAAACUGUAGGCUUUUGUGUUGCCAUCCUGAGCAGUGCUGCACUGGUCCGGAUUCUGACGACAUUCCUGAUGGUGUGCUUUGCUGGUUUCAACCUGAAAGAAAAAAUCUUCAUUUCUUUUGCCUGGCUUCCCAAGGCCACCGUGCAGGCGGCCAUCGGCUCCGUGGCACUGGAUACUGCCAGGGCCCAUGGACAGGCACAGCUAGAGGAGUACGGGAUGGACGUGCUGACCGCCGCAUUCCUGGCCAUUCUCCUCACCGCGCCCCUUGGAAGCCUCCUCAUCGGCCUGCUCGGCCCCCGAUUCCUCCAGAAAGCGAAACUUCAAGAAGAUGAACAGCGCCCAGGAGGGGCUUCUCCACACACGUAG